AUGCGCUGCGGCAGGCGGCGAGAUGAGCAGGGACACCGCCAGUCAACGCAAGAGGCGCUGGCGGCAGAAGUGGCAGCAGUGGGGAAGGAGGGCGGUAAGGAGGGCGAGAAGGAGGGCGGUAAGGAGGGCGAGAAGGAGGGCGGUAAGGAGGGCGAGAAGGAGGGCGGUAAGGAGGGCGAGAAGGAGGGCGGUAAGGAGGGCGAGAAGGAGGGCGGUAAGGAGGGCGAGAAGGAGGGCGGUAAGGAGGGCGAGAAGGAGGGCGGUAUGGAGGGCGAGAAGGAGGGCGGUAAGGAGGGCGAGAAGGAGGGCGGUAAGGAGGGCGAGAAGGAGGGCGGUAAGGAGGGCGAGAAGGAGGGCGGUAAGGAGGGCGAGAAGGAGGGCGGUAAGGAGGGCGAGAAGGAGGGCGGUAAGGAGGGCGAGAAGGAGGGCGGUAAGGAGGGCGAGAAGGAGGGCGGUAAGGAGGGCGAGAAGGAGGGCGGUAAGGAGGGCGAGAAGGAGGGCAGGAAGGAGGGCAGGAAGGAGGGCAGGAAGGAGGGCUGGGGGGCGGUGAAGGGGGGUCUGCUGAUGGCGCUGGCGGGCGAUUUUGGAAGUCGCCAAGGCUCUGUCGUGACCUGUCUCGCCACUCAUCCCCGGCGAGAUCAAUUCAUGCAGUUUGCUCCGCACCUGUUUCUUCUAGCUUACUUCUGCACCACUGCACUCACUGCACUUACAGCACUCACUCCCGCCACUUCUCUCAGCUUCUUGCACUCUCUGCACCUGUGGCUCCAACUUCUGAGCUACGGUCUCUGCUGCCACAUCGCGCACGGACUCCUGUCCCUACAGCGCAGGCGCACUGACCACCAAGCCACUAUCGCCUCCCCUCGCCAUACCCUCCCCGCUUUUAUGACGCGGACGUCCUGUUCACCAAAAGAGGCAAUGGGCUGCAGAGUGUUCCGGCUGAGGGAGAAGGACGGAGUGCUGCUGUUUUAA